CAACAUUCUACUAUAGUCUGUCUGUGGGAAUGCACCUUUGCCAUAUAACCCUAUGUUAUUUUGGGGGGGGUUGGUCAGAUUCCAAGCAGUAUUGAAAACUCUAUUGGGGCCAGUGAUGUUCAGCAGCUUGCUUUGGAGUUGGUUUUCUUCGAGAAAAACACUAGAGUUCCGAAACUCAUUGGCAAGAACUUCAUCAAACUGCUGGAAAUCCUCAAUAAAACAGCAGUCCCCCACCAGGUGGAUCUGAGACUUAAACGACAGGUAAAAACUAAAUUAGACUCUUAUUACGUAUUGAAAUGUUAUUUAUAAUGUGUGUUUGCGUACACCAGUGUUGUUGAACUUCCAAUUUAGGUCAUAUGUAAGCUUGAGUUGGAUUUGGUGAUAACCUAUGGAAGUCUAGGUUAUGGAUACUCGCAUCAGUUGCAUCACCCAAAGAAGACAUUGGAGGUGGUGGUGGAGCGGUCUACCUUUCUACGCUGUCCUCCUCCAGAGAAUCGCAAAAAUUCCCAUUUUAAUGUGAUCACCCCGAAACCAGUGCCAUACACUGACUUUAUAGGAGCCUUGUUGCAAAGGGACGCCACUGGUCUUAGCAGCGGCCUGCCUGGAGUCCCUCCCCUCGUCCUGGACAUGAUGGAGAGAAGGGGCAGGCUGCUAGAGAUGCACGAAACUAUGGAGGAUUACACGUCUGAGGAGGCAGUCCAUUUCCUGGAAAAGUUGGUGAUGAGGAAGGGACUUCAAUCCGAAACCCCUUGGAGGAAGAACAAGAAAGCCAAGAACAUGUCAGCCCUGAUCCCUACUCAGAUGAAUUUGACUGAUGCUACCAAACAGCACGUGUCUGCAGAUCAAAGCCCCACAGGAGUUACAACUUCAGCUCCGAUGACGCUCGCCCCCCCUUCACAGGACACAUCCAUAUCCUAUGAAGAUGAGAGACGGGACUCUCCACCAAAAGCCAAGAUGGAAGACACAACCGAGAAGCCUCAGUCUCCCCCAGAAAAGAACCCUCCCAAAAUAACCCCUGAGCAGUCUUCAGCCACGAGCACACCUGAAGCUGUGCACUCUGACCCGCCCCCUACACCCCCACCCCCCAUUGAGGUUCAACAAACCAUAGCACUUAAAUCAAUUACUGCCCCUAAACCAGCUCUCCAAAGUGCUGUGGCUAGUUCAUCCCAAUCCCCCACAUCUCCCCCCAGAGACGUACCCAGUGUCCUGCCUGAGAAUCCUAUGGUUAUCCUAUCUCAUACCAAUGAAACCCCCAAACCAACCAUGGAUACCUCCCCAUACUGUAUCACUGUAGUGGAAAAAAAAGAGGAGGAGGAAGAGAAACGGGAGAAGCAGAAGGAGGUUGUCGCUCCCGUGUCGUCGCUCAUCCAUGCACCCACACAGAAGCAUGUGCAGGAGGAGUGCGAGACCCGGCCAUGCCAGCCCAGGGUGCAGUCUGAUCCUGCUGAGUCCAGCCAGGAGAGCCCUGCUGAGUCCAGGCAGGAGACCCCUGCUGAGUCCAGGCAGGAGAUCCCUGCUGAGUCCCGGCAGGAGACCCCUGCUGAGUCCCGGCAGGAGACCCCUGCUGAGUCCCGGCAGGAGACCCCUGCUGAGUCCAGGCAGGAGACCCCUGCUGAGUCCCGGCAGGAGAACCCUGCUGAGUCCAGGCAGGAGACCCCUGCUGAGUCCAGGCAGGAGACCCCUGCUGAGUCCCGGCAGGAGACCCCUGCUGAGUCCAGGCAGGAGACCCCUGCUGAAUCCAGGCAGGAGACCCCUGCUGAGUCCAGGCAGGAGACCCCUGCUGAGUCCAGGCAGGAGACCCCUGCUGAGUCCAGGCAGGAGACCCCUGCUGAGUCCAGGCAGGAGAACCCUGCUGAGUCCCGGCAGGAGAGCCCUGCUGAGAGGCCAAGUGAUGGAGAGCUGGGUUGGAACCAAACAGAUGCUGUUGGAACGAGCAGCACUAGGAAAGCCAGCGGUGAAGUGGAACAGCUCGCCUUGGGGAAGUCCAGAGCAAAAAAGGAUCCUCUUUGCUGCACUAAGGUCCGAAAGUCCACUGUAACGUGGACUGAGUACCGCUCCCCUGAGCCCAGCUCCAUGGGGGGGCUGGACCGGGGUCUCCCCGCUGCCCUAUGGCCCAGCUCCACCCUUCACCAGCUGCUUGUAACUCCCACCAUGCUGUUCUCACUCCCAACCAUCCCACCUUCCAACUUCUGGAGCAGCAAUCUCCGGACCAGCUCUCAACUCCCCCUCCCACCUCUUGGUGCUUCAGCUACAUUUCCUGACAUCAAGACCCUGACCUUGGACCCCUCUCCCUGGAUGGAUGGAACCAACCACCCAUCUUUACAACUGGAGGGUCUUGGCAGCAGCAGGACUGACAGGCUGGGCCCUAGGCUUGGGACAUUGAGCACCAGUAAUGAGAGUGCAUCUCUCUCCUCCUGGCUGAGCCACAAUAAUCUGACAGGCACUGCUAGUUCAGGACCGUGGUCCUUUUGCUCUAAGGCUGAUAUCCCAAGCUUACGUAGCGGCCUGGUUUCCUCUCCUCUCGCUCCCAUCUCUACCCUAUCCGCCAGUCCCUCUACGCAAGUCAAUACCUCCCCUGGACGAACUAAAGCCAACAAGCUAGGGAAAGAGAGGCCCAAGGUUGUGGAUACACCUCAUGGGUCAAUCCCUUACCAAAGACCCAACAGAGACAAAGAUUACUAUGGGAAAAUGUAGACCUAAAAAGUCUUCUUGCUUAUUUUUUGAAGUUGCCUGUGUGAGUGUCUAAGUAUUAAAAAUGAGUCAAAACAAUCAUGACAUUUUGUCACUUUUUUUGCAUAGCAAGGUGGAACCUUUUUAGCAUGGGUGCUAGAUUGUAAAGCAUGGAUUGGUUUUCAGACUCAGUAAUUCCUUUUUGAAGCCCUUAACCUGCCCAUGGCCAUGUACCUGUGAUGAUUAGUCAAAUACAAUGUACGGCAUUAUUUUUAUUGCACUUUCCAGUAGCAAAAUGUCAAGAUUGUUUAAAAUGUUUCCAAGGUUUGUACAAACUGCUUUGUAUACAAGUGAAAAAUCUGUGAAAUAUGAACAAGUGAAAUGUAUCUGAAAUAUUUGUAUACAUAUGAAAUGUCAUAAGUCUUUUCGGUGAAAUAAUUCAGUGUAGUGUUUAAUGAAAUAAGUAUUCAGUGUUGUGAACAGGGAAGUCUUGGGGGAUUUGGAGGGAACUGGACGUAUUAAAGACAGUCAUGUUUUCUCACAGCCACUAGGUGUCACAAACCGUGACAAUCAAAAGGCCAAGUGCCAAUUCUAAAUGCAAUUAAACUCAAUUGCAUUCGAGAAAAAACAAGGCAGUUUACUUUUAGUUGAUUAGUAGCCACCCAUCAGUCUUUAAAAAUAUUUUGGCUUGCUAGCUAGUUGUGAUUUGUGAUAGUACAGCAUCCCAUUUAAUAUGGGUUAAGGAGAACUGCUAAUUUACAUCACCAUCACGUUAGCAAAAUAUUAAAUUCCAUUUGAUAUCUCCAGAACAAUAUGGAGGGGGAAAAGUACUCCGGCUAGCAGACAUCAGUCCUCCUCCACGCUAUCCUGUGUGAGAUUUACCUUUCAAGGCCAGUAAUGAGACUUCAGUAAUGAAACAGCAAAAAACAGAUUUGGUUGGAUGAGAUGAAAAUUAAUUUACUUAUUCUCUUGUGAUCUGUUAAGUACUGUAUGAAAGGAAUAGUUUUCAAAAGAAUGUCAAUCUGAACCACAAGCCUUGUUACUUGUGCAAAUUAGAGGAAGGUAUCUAGAAGUUCCGCCUCUGCUUGUUCAACAAAACUCUGCCAGUCAAACACUUCAUCUUAGUGCACAUAGAAAUCCAAGCAAUGUGACUCCCAGUCUCUACUGACAUGAAGAAACUCGACAAAUACUUUUAAUUUUUUUUAUUGUGAAGACAAGACUUCAUAUGACUGAAUAAAAAUGCUCAAAAGAGAGAACAAUAAACAAGGUCAAAAUUUCAAAUUUGUUUUGGUCGACACCUUUCUUUGUUGGGUCUGGUAGAGGGUGAGUGAGAGGGUAGGGAUUGGGUAGGUGUACAUGAGAAGAAUGGCUAAAAGUAUAAAGAGGAGAUAGGAGAACAGACAAGGCAAAAGGAGAAACAAGAGGAAAGGGAGGGUACGGUCAUGGAUCAUCAG